GAGUUCCUCCUCCUGGCGUUGGCAGACACGCGGCAGCUGCAGCUCCUGCACUUCUGGCUCUUGCUGGGCAUCUACCUGGCUGCCCUCCUGGGCAACGGCCUCAUCAGCACAGCCGUAGCCUGCGACCACCGCCUGCACACCCCCAUGUACUUCUUCCUCCUCAACCUCGCCCUCCUCGACCUGGGCUGCAUCUCCACCACUCUCCCCAAAGCCAUGGCCAAUGCCCUCUGGCACACCAGGCACAUCUCCUACGCAGGAUGUGCUGCACAGGUCCUUCUCUUUGUCUUCUUCUUCUCAGCAGAAUAUUAUCUUCUCACAGUCAUGUCCUAUGACCGCUACAUUGCCAUCUGCAAGCCCCUGCACUACGCGACCCUUAUCGACAGCAGAGCUUUUCUGUACUCGGUGGUGCCUCCAACCCUGAACCCCCUCAUCUACAGCAUGAGGAACCAGGAGCUCAAGGAUGCAGCAAAUGAGAUGGCAGCAGGCACUGUGGAGCUGAUAUGGGCUGGAUUAGUGGAAGGUAUCAGUGUAUUAGCCUGA